AUGCCCCAGCAUAUGGUAAUAGGCCGAUAUAUGGGCGUACGCCGUGUCGACUUAUCAGCUCUUAUGCUACCGCCCUUGGUGUUGGGAGACGAUAUAACCCUUGACUCCUCGAACGAGGUCGAAACCUACCUGGCACGCAUGAAUAAUGAGCAUCUAACCCCUGAAGUCAAAUCUAUCCUACGACAGAUGCUCUCUAGAGAUCCAAGAACUCGGAUCUCCGCGGCGGACGCCCUGGAAACCGAAGCCCUCCGAUGUAUCAUCUCUGUUGACAAUAGAGGUUCGGGAGACGACCCUGGGGCUGAAGGUAAAGGUCAUAAGAGGAUACGGACAUGA